UCUAUCGCACCGGAAGAGAAGUCAGUCCUUUUCCCAGCCAUCUUGUGGCUUCAUCUAGCGAAGUGUUCGCACCAAGCCUCGUAGAAUCGGAGGAAAAUCCUGCUGAAGGGGCGCCAUCAUGCCCGGACAAAUGCAAGAAGGUUUUGGCUGUGCCAUAACCAAUCGGUACGACCAAUUAUUUGACGAUGAGUCGGAUCCGUACGAAACGUUACUGCAGGCCGAGGUCAAGAAGAAGAAGGAGGCUACUGCUCCUGCCGCCAAGACCGCAGCUCAGGCGGCCAAGCAGCCCAAAAAGGAGUCCCAGAAAGACAGAAAAGCCCCUCUGGCUGACAAGAAGGAAGACACGCAAGCCCCCGUCCCACUCAAGAAAGAUGGAGCUGGCAUGAGGAGAAUGGGCCGUAAGCCUGAAGGCGAAGGCUCCAGGCCCCAGGGCCAAAAUGAGGGCCGUCCUCCCACAGACAGAAGACCGCCGACUGAGAGGCGACCACCCCGCCGCUUUGAGAAACCCGCCGGAGAGGGAGGAGAGAAGCCUGAUGGAGGAGAAUUCUCUGUGGAAAAACCUGCAGGUGACCGGCCAAUGAGAGGCCGCGGAGGUGGCAGAGGAGGACGUGGGGGCAGAGGGCGUGGCAUGGGCCGCGGUGAUGGCUUUGAUUCCAGAGGAAAACGUGAAUUUGAUCGUCACAGCGGCAGCGACCGAUCUAGUCUGAAAGGUGAGGAGAAGCGUGGAGGAAGUGGAUCUCACAACUGGGGCACUGUCAAGGAUGAACUAAAUGAGCUCGACCAAUCAAACCUGACUGAGGAAAACCCUGAGGGAGAGGAGCAUCCACCUGCCGACUCUGAGAACAAGGAGAAUGAAGCAGAGGAGGUGAAGGAGGAGGGCCCUAAGGAAAUGACUCUGGACGAAUGGAAAGCAAUGCAGGACAAGGAACGUGCCAAAGUGGACUUCAACAUCCGCAAGGCCAACGAGGGAGCCGACUGGAACAAGGGCUUUGUGCUACACAAAUCUAAGGCUGAUAACAAGAAGGAAGAUUUGAUUGAGCAUGAAGGUGAUGAUAAGAUUGAGGAUGAGCACCACUUUAGAAAACCAGCCAAUGACAUCACGUCCAAGCUGGAGAUUAACUUUGGAGACCUGGGACGUCCCGGCCGUGGACGUGGAGGACCUCGUGGAGGCCGAGGUGGCAGGGGCCGUGGGGAAGCCACCAGGCCAGUCCGUGGAGGAAGGCCUGACAGGUCGUCUACUUCAGUGCCCAACGUGGACGACCCGGAGGCCUUCCCAGCCCUGGGUUAAGCCUCCCACAGGAGCAGCCUGAGCACCUCCACUACGAGGCUUGCAUGAUCCUGGAUCCUUCAGCAGAGUGAAAUGAUGGAUAAGACUGUCAUUAACUGUGGCACUCAAUGUGAGAACUGAGUUUUACAUAAUAAAAACAAAACGAAGAUGGAAAAAACAGAAAUUACAAAAAAAGUCAAAAAAGAAAAGGACUUCUUGCUACUCGGGAGCAGCUUUAUUGGUAGAGGUUUUGUAUUUGGAAACAAAGUAGCAGGGAUGUUUUCAUACAGUGUUCUUUUCAGAGGUUAUGCGUUGUCCAUUGAUGAAUUUUUGUAAUUGCUGCUUGAAAAUAUGCAUUUGAAAUGUAAGAGUAUUUUAAGCUGGGUGUGUGCCAUUGCUUUCUUGCUUUACAGUAGGCUCAGCCACACCAGGUGUUUCACUCAAUGAGAUUUAUGGAUUUUCUUUCUUUAGCACUGGGAAUAUUGUUUUAUAUUUUGUACAGGAGGUCUAUUCUUCUAUGAUCUUCAUCCUGUAAAGUGAACUAUUUUCAUAAAUUUAGACUUUCACAUGGUGCAAAAUGGGACUAACUUUGGUCUGACCAGGUGUUGCCUCCUUCUCAAUAGACUGCUGAAAUGACUCUGUAUUUUGGGGAUUUUCUACGGAAGUGUUCAUUGAGAACUUUAGGUCAUUUUUCAGGAUUAUGAGGUCAUAACUAAAUUUACAUUGAUCCUGAACACUGUCAGAUGAAUCAUCUCAAUGUUGGGGCUUUUAUGUCCUUUUUGGGUGACAUUACGGGUGCUAAUUUUCCCAGCUUCUCGUCAUCAGUGUAAGCAAGUGCAGUCAACUGCCUUGUCUUUGAAAUAGCUGGUGGUCAUUUCAUUGGUCCUUUCGAGACUUAUACACACUCCACUCUGUAUUUGGGCUCAGCUCCAUUGUGCUGCUGUGGUCUGCUCUUUGCUGGCAUUUUCUCAUUACUUUUACAUAGCCCUGUGGCCCUCUGCAUAAUCACUCUGAAAGAAGUGCAGUUGUUCAUUGUGUGAAACAGCUCAAGACUUGACAUUUGUGUGAAUCUAACCCUGCUAUUGGAGACCUCUGUCGGUAAAUAAAGGUGGUCGAUA